CGGAACGCUACGCGUACUAGCGGCUCUACAAUAAUGUAAGAACUCUCGUAUAUAUAAAAAUAUAUAUAAAAUAAAUGUGGUACUUAACAGAGAAACCUGUGUAAAGUUUGUUUAUAAGAAAUCCAUCGCUGAACCGCUAACUUUAGCAUCACGGAACCGCUAACCUUAGCGUCACGGGAUGAGGCUCCGAGCGGUAACCCAGACAAGAGAAAGGCUACCGUUGGGAGACACACUUUUCUCUUGCUAAGGAGACAAGAGAAGGAACCGUCCAUACACGUGCCAGAGCCAUGCGUUGACUCGGCCCUCUGACGGACCUGCAGUGGCACCCGAAGACCGCAGUGCCAAGGUGGAGGGCGGCAUGGUGCUGGUGCGUGGUAGUAGCGGCAGUAAGGAUGCCGCCACCGCCGCUGCCCGCGGCCGGCGACGCCCUCUGGUGACUUGGCUCACCCUCCGAAGUGCCUUUCGAACUCGCAAGAACACUCGCAAGUCACCCCAGUGCACCCUCCUAGCGUACUACCGCCAGGGAGUGGCUCUCCAGUGCUUGGGGCGCCAUGCAGAUGCCCUGGCUGCCUUCAGCAGCGGACUUGCCCAGGAUCCCAAGUCCCUCCAGUUGCUGGCCGGACUUGUCGAGGCCGCCAUGAAGAGUCCACUGAGAGCGACGCUGGAACCCACCUACCAACAGCUCCAGACGAUGCGACUGGACAAAAGCCCCUUCGUUAUCAUCUCCGUUAUCGGGCAGGAGCUGCUGGCGGCCGGACACUACACCGCAGCUGUCGUUGUCUUGGAGUCGGCGCUCAAGAUUGGCACAUGCUCCCUGAAGCUACGGGGCUCAGUCUUCUCGGCGCUCUCCUCGGCUUACUGGGCGCUCAACUCCCUGGAUAAGGCCGUGUCUUACAUGCAGCAGGAUCUGGCCGUGGCCAAGUCCUUGGGAGACAUCGCUGGGGAAUGUCGGGCCCACGGGAACCUCGGCAGCGCCUACUUCAGCAAGGGGAACUACAAGGAGGCCCUCACCUCUCAUCGGUACCAGCUGGUCCUUGCUAUGAAGUGUAAGGAUACUCAAGCCGCUGCCUCCGCCCUCACCAGCCUCGGUCAUGUGUACACUGCCAUCGGAGACUACCCCAACGCCCUGGCCUCCCACAAGCAAUGCGUGCAGCUGGUCAAACAGAUGGGCGACAAACUGCAAGAGGCGCGUGAGAUCGGCAACGUGGGCGCGGUCUACCUGGCCAUGGGCGACUUCGACAGCGCCGUCGACUGCCACAUGGAACACCUGCGCAUCGCCAAGCACCUCAACAACAAGGUAGAGGAGGCACGGGCCUACAGCAACCUUGGCUCUAGUCACCACUACAAGCGCAACUUCGACCAGGCCAUCGCCUUCCACAAUCACGUGCUGCGGAUUGCGCAGGAUCUGGGCGACCGUACCAUCGAGGCCAGGGCAUAUGCUGGGCUGGGGCAUGCUGCCCGCUGCAUGAGCGACUAUGGCCAGGCUCAGCGCUGGCACGAAAAACAACUGGACAUGGCCCUCAGCACGAAGGACAAGGUCGCUGAAGGCCGUGCCUGUUCGAACCUAGGUAUUGUUUACCAACUGAUGGGCCACCACGAUGCGGCGCUCAAACUCCACCAAGCUCAUCUCAACAUCGCCAGACUCCUGCAAGAUCGUGCAGGGAUGGGCAGAGCCUAUGGCAACAUAGGCAAUGCCUACUCCGCCAUGGGUUACUACGAACAAGCCAUCAAAUACCACAAGCAGGAGCUGACUAUCAGCAAGGAGGUGAACGACCGCAUGAGCGAAGCAUCUACCCAUGGCAACCUAGCGGUGGCCUACCAGGCACUAGGCAUGCACGAGAUGGCACUCCUCCACUACCACUCCCACCUCAACAUCGCCAGGGAACUCAAGGACACGGCGGGCGAAGCCUGUGCUCUCCUCAACCUUGGCAACUGCCACUCUUCGCGAGGGGAGUUCGCGCAGGCCGUACCCUAUUACGAACAGUACCUGAUGCUCUCACAGGAGCUCCACGACACUGAGGGAGAGGCCAGAGCCUGCCACUUUCUGGGAUAUGCCCACUACUGCCUCGGUAACUUUAAGGAAGCCAUCAGGUACUAUGACCAAGAUCUGGCGCUGGCCAAGGACCUACAGGAUCGCAAGUCUAUGGGACGGGCCUACUGCAACCUGGGCUUGGCCCACCUGGCACUAGGCAACUCCGAAACGGCCCUGGAGUGCCAGAAGUACUUUCUCGCCCUGGCGCACAUGAUGAAACACCUUCAGGGCAAGUUCCGCGCCCUGGGCAACAUCGGCGACGUCCUCAUGAAGAUGAAGAACUACGACGAAGCCGUCAAGGUGUACCAGAAGCAGCUGGUUCUAGCCAAGCAGUCCAGAGAUAAGGUGCUCGAAGCCUCAGCCUACGGCGCCCUCGGCCUCGCCCACAGGCUCCUCAAGUGCUUCGACAAGGCACUAGGAUACCACACUCAGGAGCUGACCAUCCGACAGGAGAUGGGAGACGUGAAGGGGGAGUGCAAGGCCCACGGCCACCUUGGAGCUGUCCACAUGUCCCUCGCUAACUACACCAACGCCAUGAAGUGCUACGAGGAACAGCUCGAGCGGGCCAAGGAGCUCAAGGAUGCGUCUCUGGAGGCUCAAGCGUUCGGAAACUUGGGCAUCGCGCGGCUCAACAUGGGCCACUUCGAGGACGCCAUCGGGUACCUGGAGCAGCAGCUGGCCACCCUGGAGCAGCUCUCCACCACCACCGCCGUCGUCGACAAGGGCCGUGCCUUUGGCAACCUCGGGGACUGCUACGACGCUCUCGGGGACUCAGACGAGGCCAUUAAGUGUCAUGAACAGUACCUGGCCAUCGCCCUCAAAACGAAGAGCCCCCGGGACCAAGAGCGCGCGUACCGAGGACUGGGCAGCUCUCAUCGAUGUAUCGGCAACCUGCAGCAAGCCCUCGUCUGCUACGAGAAGAGACUCGUAGUCUCCCACGAACUCAACACCCCCGCUGCCAAGGGCUCUGCCUAUGGCGAACUCGGCCACAUACACUCCUUGUUGGGGAACUUCGAGCAAGCCAUUUCCUGCAUGGAACACCAGCACCAGAUUGCCAGGGAGCUGGGUGACAAACUCUGCGAGGCGGAGGCCGCCUGCGGGCUGGGCACAGUCUACCAACAGAUGUGCGAGUACGCCACGGCCCUUCGAUACCACCAGCUCGACCUCCGCAUUGCCGAGGAACUCACCAACCCCGUCGAGCAAGGGAGAGCCCAUGGCAACAUCAGCCUCGCCUACGAGUCUUUGGGCAACUUCGAACAGGCAGUGACCCACGGGGAACAGCACCUCAGUAUUGCUGCUCAGAUGAACGACAAGGUGGCAAAGACCCUGGCAUAUGCAUCUCUGGGUCGGGUACAUCACGCCCUCGGGAACACCACUCAGGCUGUGGCGUACCUGCAGCAGGGCCUUCAGAUUGCUGAGCAGCUAGGUCGUCGGGAGGAUGAGGCCAAAAUCCGACACCGUCUGGGCAUGGCACUAUGGGGCCAUGGCGACUUGGAGGCAGCCCAGACGCAGCUCGACCGUGCCGCCCACCUACUUGACGCCAUACGCCGAGAAGCCCGAGGUUCGCAGGAUUACCGCCUCUCACUUUUUGACCUCCAGACUGCCUCAUACCAGGCGCUGCAGCGAGUCUUAGUCGGGCUCGGCCGCAAUGAGGACGCUCUUCUUGUGGCGGAGCGUGGACGAACUCGUGCCUUUGUCGACCUCCUGUUCGAGCGUCAGGGGGCUUCUACCACCUCCCGAGCCUCUAGAAUUGAAGACUCGACUCCAUCUUCGAUAGACCAGAUCGUUGAAAUUGUCAACCGGCAGAAGGCUUCGGUUCUCUACUAUAGCAUAGCUGCUGGAUGUCUUUACAGUUGGCUUAUAGUACCAAAUAAAGGUAUUGUCAAGUUCAACGAAGUGAGUGUGAGCGAAGUGGAGGCAGAGCGAGAAGGUGACUGUGGGGAAGACUCGACUGGUACGUGUGGAUCACUGCUGGAGCAUUACAUCCAGUCUGUGCGGGAUGCCUUAGGGGUCGAGUGUGGCGCUGGGGUCACUCGCGGAGGCGUCGCCAGCGAGACGGAGAGUGAGGCUGGUGAUAUGUGGAAUGCUCAUUUGGAGGAGCUUGGCGACAAGCUUAACCACGAGGCCGAUAGAACAGGUUUCUUGAGAAUGGUGAACCGUAAUCAUUUAUUCAAUUCUUCUAAUUACUCUCUAUCUUCUCUCUUUUCACUGGGGUCAGUAAGUGGAUCUAUUGCCUCUGGUCCUGCAUCGCGGCCAGGAUCCACUCGUUCUCGUAGGGUGACCUGGCAGGGUCCAUCUUGCCUCCGCUCACUCUAUGAGCUCCUCAUCGCACCUAUGGAAGACCAUUUGCCUGAGGCAGGGGUGUCGCGGGAACUGAUGCUAGUGCUGGAAGGGGACCUCUACCUUGUCCCGUUUCCCGUUCUUAAAGGUACGAACUGUAAUGAUUAUCUCUGUGAGCGUUAUUCACUGCUAGUUGUGCCCUCUAUCAGUGCUUUACGAGUAAGUCAGCGAUCAAAGAACUCAAAACCCAGUGGUGAACAAACAUCUGCACUUGUGAUAGGCAAUCCAAAAUUACCGAGUACAGUGACGGAACAGUGGGGCUGGGGCGAUAUUCCCUAUGCUGAACAGGAAGCUACCAUCGUCGCAGAAAUGUUACAGACAAAAGCAAUGACUGGUUCUUGUGCUAACAAAGAGGCCAUCUUGAGACUUAUAUCUCAGGUGGAGUGUAUUCACCUGGCCUCCCACGUCUCAUGGAAACUAUCGGCUGUAAUUCUUUCCCCUGGAGAGUUCGUCGAGUCCCGGGCAUCGAAGAGACUCUCUCAUUCAUCGCAGCCCGAGGCUAUCCACGAGCACCUGGACGAUGAGGGCUCGGAAAUUGCAUCCACCAUAGACUUGCCGGCAUUAUCCGAGUUCCUCCUGACGGCUGCCGAUAUCUUGAACCUGAAGCUGCGAGCUAAGCUGGUGGUAGUGUCUUCGUGCCACACCCGGGACCACCACGGGCGAGCCAACAGUGACGGAGUGGUGGGUCUCACUCGGGCAUUGCUGGCGGCUGGGGCCCAGUGUGUCCUUGUGUCCCUGUGGCCUGUCCCUGACACAGCUGUCAAGAUACUCUUCAGGACCUUCUACUCCUCACUCCUUCAGGGAGCGCGGGUGAGUCGAGCUCUGUCCGAGGCUCAGCAGACAGUGCAGACGACCAAACACUUCGCCCAUCCUGCCAACUGGGCAGGUUUCCUGCUCAUCGGUGCCGACGUCAAGCUGUCAAACAAGGUGGCACUGAUGGGGCAGGCACUCUGUGAACUACUGAAGACCCCAGACAAGUGCCGGGAUGCCCUCAGAGUUACUCUGCACCUGGUGGAGAAAUCUUUGCAGAGGAUCCACCGUGGCCACCGCAAUGCCAUGUACACCACGCAGAAGUCCAUCGAGAACAAGGUGGGCAAUGUGACGGGUUGGAAGGACCUGCUGAUGAGCGUCGGGUUCAGGUUCGAGCCAGCCGCGAAUGGGAUUCCAAGUAGUGUGUUCUUCCCCCAGAGUGACCCAGGAGAGAGACUCACCCAGUGCUCUGCGAGCCUUCAGGCCCUUCUCGGGUUAUCACAGACGUCCCUACAGGCAGUCUCCAAGCUCUUGGACUCCCCUGAAUAUGCUGAAGAUGUCAUCUCUGUGAUGCGGGCUGUCAUCACCCAGUUCACCCUCAAGGACUUGGAGAGCGAGUCCAUCGAGGUGCCAGUUCACGUCAAGCUCUGGAGGGUCAAUGGCUGCCAUGAGCUCCUUGCCUCUUUAGGAUUUGACUUAAUGGAGGUGGGGCGUGACGAAGUAACUCUCCGUACAGGCAAACAGGCCAACAAACGCAACAUCCAGUUCGCUCACCAGGCUCUUCUCGCUCUCUUCGACACUCAAGAUGCCCCAAAGAGCCUAAGUGUGGACUCAAGCAGUAGUCUGGAGUCUCUGGUGAGUUCUGAUGACGAGGAUGAGUCUGUGGCAGCUCCUCCUCCUCCGCCUCCCCCGUCCCAGCCCCUGCUCCAGCACCGCACUGUUCCACUCCUGCUUGGCCGUGGAGCCUUCUCCAGCUACGUCAGAAACCGCGGGGAGCCAGAUGGCGCCCGAGCCUCCACCAGUGAGCAGAAGGGGCGGGAAAGCGAUGCAGCAUUUACUCCGUCUCCUGUUGAUCCCGUUGCCAAAUAUUCUCAAGCAUUCCGUCCUAACCAUGGGCCCCCUAGUGACACAGGGUCGCCCCAGCCCUCUCCACGUCUCUCUCUCACGCUCGCUCACCAAAACAAAAUCCGUUCCAUGUAUACUUCAGCAUCUCCAGCAAGUGAUGGUGGUGGAAAACGACCUGACAGUUCCAGCAGCACCAGUAGUAUGACUGACUGGGAGAGUGGACAGGCAACAGUAAGACGUCAGCCACUUGCCAAGCCAAUCAUUGCUUCAAAAGCCCCAGUUUCUGCUCACAGCCGUGUUAGUGAUGUCAGUGCCGGAUUCAUGCGUCCGCAGUAUGUCUCCAUCAAUAAGAGCAAUUCUCAAGCGUCUUCUGGAUUUGAAUCCCAAAGCUCAGACUCAGAUUUUGGGCCUAGAAGAACAGGUACUGUAAGAAGUGUGUACACAACAGUAGGCAGUGCAGCUACUCUUAAGCUGAGUAAGAGUGCCACUAUGGACACCCUGGACCGUCUCAGUGUCCGCACUGAGGUGGGGCGUCCCACGCUUGGAGGGGCCCGUGGCCGCCGGGAUCGUAGUAGUGAGCGUGAGCUCUCUUCUGAGGCUGCUGAGGGCCAAGCUUCCAGCUCUGGUGCAACAGUUACCUCAAACACCACUUCUGAAGCAAGCGAGACCAGACAAGUAGUGCAGGCAAGAAAGAUGCCAGAGGUGCAACUUGACUCCUCAAUUGGUAAGCUGCUGCGGCCACGUACUAACCAUGCAGCAACUAUUCACGAGAACGAUUCCCUCUACAACUAUCGUUCAGGUGAUGAAAUGUCCAUGAAGAUGAGUCACAUGGGCCACAAGAGCAUCCAGGAUCACAUUAUUGCUACUCAGAUGUCGCGCCUUAAUAGGGAGAUGCCGAUCAGCGAUGUCUACCAUGAGAGGAAUUUAGGCCUUGGCCUAGCUCCACCUCUCUCAAAACUCCUCAUGUCAGCUGCUCAGCCCAUCGUUGCAUCUGAUCAUGGAGAUGCAGAGAGCAAAUCAGCAUCCGAAGACAGCUUUGGUAACUUUGAUAAGCUAUCACUGGCUGAUGAUAACCAGCUAGCACUGCCUCCUAAACCUGACUUUAAACCUAAACCACCACCUAUUCCACCCAAGAGGUUUGGUCCUAAGCCUUGGGUGUCGGCUCAUCCACAAGUUCCAAAUAUUGGCGUUAGUUUAGACACCACCUCUGGUCUCCCACAGUCAAGUGUAGUGUCCGAACUCAGCAGACGUGAUGAGGGUGACGGCCGUUCCAUGACAGAUUCUCACUACUCGGGCUAUUCCCCAUCACGAAAUAAUGGAGGCAACAAGCAGGGAGACCUCAGCGGAACUGUGUCUUCUUCCUCUCAAAGCCGUGGUUAUUAUGACCUGAAAGGAGGUGCAGGAGUUGGGAGUGCUGAAAGAGAGCAAGAUACAUUAGGUACAUUACCAUCCCGCUCCGAUGAGCCCAUUCUUCAUACAGUUGCCGAACUCAACACAUACGCUGCCUUCAACCCAGCUUACGAACAUGAUGAGCCCAUGAGUGUUGGGUCAGUUGGUGCACGAAUUGGGUCUUCUGAGAUUGCGGAGUAUAUGGAGCAGCUACUAGGUACUACUGAACCUUCAGAAAACGAUCAGUCGGACGAGGCUUCCGAAGUAAAGACCAAAACGUGUAAACGCCCCGGCAAACAUCCAUCUGCUUGGAGUAAAGCUAAGAGUCAUAAACAAUUUUCUCACCAUGCUCAGCAAUCUUCGUCUUGCUAGCGUCUACCCAGCUGCUGAGGCCACCCACACGCAGGAACUUAGUGAGGACAUUUCUCCACUCGUGCGGUGUGCUCUCAGUGCUGUGUACCCCUGUACAUAGGUGUAUUUAAGUGGGCGAGGCGUGCAUGGAGAGUGUGUGCCAGGCGAAACCAUCUGGUUUCUUUGCCAAGUAAGAGUGCCAAGUGAGCGAUGCCAUAUCAAGUGUUGGGAGACAAAGAUCUAGGGACAUCUGUCGGUGCCAAAGCAUUACAAAACCUGUCCCAUGUCAUGCGUGUCUUCCCAAAACUUUUCAAAGACAGUGAGCCAAAAUAUAUAACUGUGCAUGCAGUUAUUCUGGAAGAAUUCUAUAAUGAGUGUAGGCCAUAAGUGCUCCUUCGGUAUGUCACCUGUUCCAUCUAAGCAUCUAAAAUUUACUAGGCCUAAGGAAAACAUGAUAUCAAAUGGGCAUCAGCUGUACUAUGAAUUCACAAUUUUCAACAAUAAAUCUGGCUCUUUCAGGUAUUCCUCUAGCGCUACAUGAUCUUAAAUAAAUUGAAUGUAUAAACUUGUAUACAAGUAACCCACAUGUGAAUAAUGAUCUUGUAAAAAAUACUAUUAGUCUUUGAAAGCUACUGAAGCAAACACUCAUAGGGACUAGUCUGAUCACUUACACUAGAUAUACUGACGAGGAGUCACAAUAACGUGGCUGAAAUAUGUUGACCAGACCACACACUAGAAAGUGAAGGGACGACGACGUUUCGGUCCGUCCUGAACCAUUCUCACAAUCGAUUGAGAAUGGUCCAGGACGGACCAAAACGUCGUCGUUCCUUGACCUUCUAGUGUGUGUAGUCUGGUCAACAGUAGAUAUACUUUAAGUGAUGAGACUUACAGCACAUCUACUGUACUAGUACAUGUUGCCACCAUCCUGUACGAGCAACAUGCAAAUGUAAUCGGUAAGGUGCAAUUUUUUCCUUGAUUUCUUAAAGGGUCUACAGAGUACAAUGCAAAUUUUGAUGCUCAUGAGAAUUAGGUGAACUUAAAAUAUUACCCAGACGAUGAAGGACUAUGAACAGAGGUGUUUAGCGACCACAACUCAUCUGAUUUGUUUCUGUAUAGUUUUGAUUCUUGAAUGAGUGCGUGCGCGUUAGUGUAUUUUGGCAUAUCGUGUGCAAUGGGGGGGGACUAUGAAUGUAUUUCCAUAAAUUGUAUAUAAGUGAAGUGCUUGUACGGUGAAGAUAUACAUGAGCGAAGGGGGCUUUCUGUCUCAAGUCAUACACGAGUAAAGGUUGUUUUAGUGACAUUCUAGUGAGAGGGAAAGCAAAAGGGGGUAUGUGCCACUUGCUAUUUUCUAGAGAGCACACGUUAAUGCACAGUGGCCAGCAUGGGGUCUGUGCGUAGGUUGAAACACAUCAGUUGUAGUGAACUUAGUCACUGCUGCCAUGUGUUAAAUGACCAUGAAUGGGGCAGGUUGUACAACAUAAUCGGGUGUUCUGUGCCCUGAGUGCGUGCGUGCAUGUCUGUGUUCUGUGCCCUGAGUGCGUGCGUGCAUGUCUGUGUUCUGUGCCCUGAGUGCGUGCGUGCAUGUCUGUGUUCUGUGCCCUGAGUGCGUGCGUGCAUGUCUGCGCAUACUUAGCAGUAUUUGUGGGAAAUAUACUUUCACCUACUGAACAUUUUCACCAUUUUUUGAGCAGCAAACUGUCUGGUGCAAUGGUUUUUUUUUAGGCUUUUAAGCCUAAAUUUAAUAAAUUUGACUGUUCUUAAACUUACAUUUUAGAUGUGUUAAUGGAGGUUACUUGUUCUUUCUACCCCGUUAUUUACAUUUCUACCCGUUUGAAGACAUUCCUUUUCUUUAAGUUUCUUACUCUUAAACACAGUUUCCACUUUGUCAUCUUAUUUGUUUGCUUUCUGUGGCAGUUUGUCUUUGCCCAUUUGGUUUUUGUAUCUUGUAUGUUAGGAUCAUGUAUCCUUUGGUAUCCUUUCUCAGUGAUUGACCUGUUCUAUAAGCCAAUCAGCACAUUUCUUUAAUUUCAAGUAUCGACAGGCGAUGAGUCACAAUAACGUGGAAUAAGUAUGUUGACCAGACCACACACCAGAAGAUUCGAGGAACGACAACGUUUCGGUCCGUCCAGGACCAUUAUCAAGUCGAUUGUGUUUUCAAUCUAUUCAGGACCACACGUCCUGAAUAAAUGCCAUGAUAUGAAAUGUGGAAUAGGAGAAAAUAGACCACACACAACCUACAAAUUAUGUGAAAAAAAACUUUAAACAAUUCUGAUAAAGAAAGAGAUCUUGAGGUGGUUGUAGAUAGAAAACUAUCAACUGAGAACCACAGGUGGGAAAAAUUGGGAGGGAAGAAUUCCUGGAACUUCAAGAACAAAAGGUCAUAGAUUUAAACUAAAUAAACAAAGAUUGUCAAAGAAAUAUAAGAAAUUUCACUUUCAUAAACAUAGUGGUAGAUGAUUGGAACAAGGCAAGUGAGGCAUUGGUGGCCAAAAUCUUUAGUAGUUUCAAAGCAUUAUAUAACAGUGCUUUGGGAAGACGGGACACCACUACCAUAACUCUCAUCCUGGAACUACACUUAAGUACCUGUUAACUACACUUACGUAAUUACAAGCACAUGCAUGCAUGCAUACACCAACACGUGCACACAUACACAGCAAGUGUGUGUGUGUGUAUGUAUGUAUAUACCCGGGUAUCCAUUUCCUACUCCAAAUCUGGGGAGUUUCUUUUCUUUAAGGCUGACUUCUAUGUUGCUUGUGGCUGGAACUGUUUCUCUGGUUUCUUCCUCCCCAUUCAGGUUGUACUUCUGUUUCUCUGAAUAUUCCAUCUGCAAGUGUGCAUGUUCCUGCAUGCAUGCAUACGUGUGUGUGAGAGUGAGAGAGAGUGAGAGAGAGAGAGUGUGAGAGUGUCCCAUGCCGUGCCACAAACACUGGUUGUGUUUCUCUGUAUAUUGUGAUAUAUAUUAUAUGAUUAUUGUAAUAUAUCUUUAUGUAUUAUAUAUAGAAUUUUUCA